AUGACAAACAAGAUGAACCGCAACCUUUCAUUCCGAUCACGCAGGGAGCCCCCUCGACAGCGGUUCGGAAUUUCCACCUUCCGUGGAAUGCAAGCGCCGGAAUUGAGCCGCAAGAUGACCAAGCUGAUCAAGAGCGAGAACACUGCCAUUGGUGCCCACGAAUCUGCCGGCCGCGAGCGCACCUCGAUUGCCGCCCAGCUCUCUGAAUGGGGAGAGGCGACUGAAGACGACAAUGUCUCCGACAUAUCCGACAAGCUCGGCGUCAUGCUCGCUGAGAUCGGCGAGCAGGAAGACAGCUUUGCGCAGAAUCUCGAGGACUACCGUAGUAUCCUGAAGCAGAUUCGCAACAUGGAGGCCUCGGUGCAGCCAUCGCGCGAGCAGCGCCAGAAGGUCACUGACGAGAUUGCCAAGCUUAAGUACAAGGAUCCUUCGAGCCCGCGUCUGGUCACGUUGGAGCAUGAGCUUGUCCGGGCUGAGGCUCAGAACUUGGUUGCUGAGGCGCAGCUGUCUAACAUCACUCGCCAAAAGCUGAAGGAGGCUUAUGAUAUCCAUCUGACGGCUGUGAUUGAGCGCGCCGAGAAGCAGACUAUUCUAGCUCGCCAUGCUCGUCGUCUGCUGAACUACAUUGAUGACACUCCGGUUGUUCCCGGCGAUGCCCGCCAGGCGUAUGACCACGAGCCUUUGGCACGCCAGAUCCUCGAGGAUGCCGAGAAUGAUCUCCGUGGAUGGGAAUCCAGCGUUGAGCCUCUCAUCACCGUCACGGGCCGGGAAACUCCGGUUCAUGCCAACGGAAAUGAUGCCAACGGUACCAGUGUCAAUGAACGCGAUGAUGUGUCGGAUGGCCAGUCGGAUGUUCUCGAUCAUGUCUCUGUGGCUGAGGGUUUCACCGAGCCAGUGGGAAGCGGUGCGCUGCCCGCGAGGAUGGUGGUGAUUGAGCCUUCGCCUGCGUGA